CAUAGAUGGAGUCCAGGCUUUGUCUUCGAUUUAUCCAUCCUAGCGCCCUUGCAAGAGUGGAUGUGGAGGCGCGAGGAAAGAGGGUUGGUGAGGUUGAGGCGCACUGGAAAGUAAAUUUUCUCAUUGGUGAUACCAAACUUGGUUGGUGGGGAGAGGAAACGGGGCGUAUUGGCGUUUUGGUUUCGAGAGGACGGGAAAAAUCGGGUUAUGGGGAGACGCAAGAUUAGUUCAGC